AAGAGAAGGAGAGAGAGAUCAACAAUCGAAAUUUUGUAUUUAUAUUCCUACUUGUUGAAAUAUAUCGUUUACAGUAUUUUAUUAAUAUUCUAUUAUACACAUUUAUACCUCUUCAAGAAACAUGUCGAAUAAAUUUGAGGCAUCAAAAAUCAAUGAAGAUAGUGGAGAUGAAGAUACUCAAUCAAAAGAUAUAAAUAAAGUUGAUAAAGAAAUAUUACCUCCUAUAGAAAUAAGUCCUCACGAGCACAAAUUACAAUAUGCAUACGCGUUAUGGUACAGUAGACGUUGUCCUGGUAAACAAACCAACAUACAGACUUACGACCAAAAUUUGAAAUUGGUUGGUAGGUUUGCAAGUGUGGAACAAUUUUGGGCAUUGUAUAGUCAUUUAGUCAGACCAUCAGAGUUAACCAACCACACAGAUUUCCAUUUAUUCAAAGUGGGAAUCAAACCUAUGUGGGAAGACGAAGCAAACCAAAGAGGUGGUAAAUGGAUAGUUAGAUUAAGAAAAGGCUUGGUGUCGAGAUGUUGGGAGAAUUUAAUUUUAGCAAUGUUAGGUGAACAGUUUAUGGUAGGGGAGGAAAUAUGUGGUGCUGUGGUUUCCAUAAGAUUCCAAGAGGAUAUCAUUUGUGUUUGGAACAAAACAGCAUCGGAUGUUGCAACGACAGCAAGAAUUAGAGAUACACUUAGGAGAGUGUUACAUCUUCCAACAAGCGCAUCAAUGGAAUAUAAGACUCACAACGAGAGUUUAAAAAAUGUUCAUAGGCUUUAAAGCUAUGAAAAUCUGACUGGGAUGAAGUUUAAUCACUUUGUGAUGAAUUUAAAGAUACUUGUGACGUGGUAGCAGUUUUAAUGUUCAAAAUAUUUUGCCAGUAAUGAAUUGGGCUAAACAACUGUGUGGUUUACCACUUUAUUCACAAGUGUCAUCAUUGUAACUUAUGUAAAUAAUAAAUACACAUUGCUAAUGGUU